AUGGGGGGACAAUCUAGCAAGAUGAUGAUUGAUGCUAAUGAUUGCACAAAAAUGGGUAGCCAUUCUCUGUAUGCAGCUGAUUUGAUUUCAUAUGAAGCUGCAUGUGUUAAAGAUCCAAACUUGCAAUCUUUUGAUGAGUCAAUUAAACAGCGCACCAAUAGGGUUAUUAGUUCUCUUGCUACUGGUGUUGAGGUUAGGUCUUUAUCUUUCGAUUCGCUAAGAGAAGUUACUGACAGUUUGCUCGAGAUGAAUCACGAAGUUGUUAAAGUGAUUUUGGAUUGCAAAAAGGAUAUAUGGGGAAACAAGGAUUUGUUCUCAUUGGUGGAUGAUUAUUUUAAUAACAGUAUGCAGACAUUGGAGUUCUGUAAUUCUCUUGAGAAAUGUUUGAGACGGGCACGCGAGAAUCAAGUGAUUGUUAAGUCGGUAAUUACGUACUUUGAAGAAGAGGUGCAAAAUGGGCUUGAAGGGGGAACUUGUGUGAAGACAUUGCAAGAGCUUAAGAAUUUUAAGGAUGCCGGGGACCCUUUUACGGAGGAGUUUUAUUUGUUGUUUCAAUCGGUUUACACGCAACAGGCAACCAUGUUGAAGAAAUUGCAAAUCCGAAAGAGGAAGCUUGAUAAGGAAUUGAAAUCGCUAAAGUCAUGGAAGAGGGUUUCUAAUGCAAUUUUCUUAGCUGCUUUUGUUUCCGUGUUGAUUUUCUCUGUGGUUGCUGCUUCUAUUGCUGCACCGCCAGUUGUAACAGCUUUGGCUGCAGCAUUGGUUGUUCCGUUAGGGUCGGUUGGAAAAUGGUGUAACUCACUUUUUAAGGGCUAUGAGAAGGCUCUAAAGGGACAGAGGGAAGUCGUUGACUCAAUGCAGCUUGGUACUUACAUUUCACUGAAGGAUUUGGACAAUAUUCGCGUGCUUACGUACAAAUUAGAACUACAGCUUGAAUCGUUAUUGCAGAAUGCUGAUUUUGCGCUGAAAAAUGAGGAUGUGAUAAAGCUUGCAAUCGACGAGAUUAAGAAGAAUAUAGAAACUUUUUCAGAGACGUUGGAGACUCUGAGCGCAAAUGCUGAUAAAUGCAGCCGACAGAUACGAAAAGCAAGGGCAGUCGUUAUACAAAAUAUAAUCAAAAGACCUGGUUGA